ACCAGGAUGGGGCAUUGCAACCGCCUCCUGUAUUGGAAUUUACUGGUCGUGCAAUGCGACGUUUCGAGUAGAUUUUUAUAUUGAGAUCCGUCAACGACAAUGAAGGGCGAGGAGAAAACGUCGGAGACGGUACAGACUGCCGACACGGAGCGAAAAAAUGGAGCUGGUGUCGAAGAUAGCGGGGCUUGCAAAGGCAACCUGCCGAACCCGGCGGUCCAUGAAGCAGCCGCUCCGGGUCGUGGCGACCGCAUCCGACCGGGAACCAGAGGAGGAACGGAGAUCAGAGUGCUAAAGCGCAACAUGAAGAGGAACGGGAGCCGGGGCUGCGUCACCAGGAAGAACCGCUUCGGCUCGCGGGAGAGGGACUGGCUGAAGGGGGACCCCCAGCGGGGCUGCGUGUGCCUGUACGGGGCCACCGAGCCACCGCAGCUGCCCGCCCCUUCCGCACCCGCCCAGGCCAACGCCACGCCCCAGCCGGACCUGAAGCUGGUGCUGUGCUCCACUAGCACCACGGUGGAGGAGCUGUGUGCCCAGCGGGACUGCCAGCAGGGGCUGUACCUGCAGCUGCACGGAGACCUGCUCAGGAGGCUGGACCCCGCUGAGCGUCCGCUGCAGAUGGUGUAUGACUACCUGUCGGCCAUGGGCUACGAGGACGCCCUGCGCAUCCAGAGGGAGGCCGCCCACUCAGACCUCAGCUGCAUGAUACGCUUCCACAGCGAGCGCCCGGUGAACGCGGACCAGCAGGAGAGGACGCUGCUGAAGGGCGUGUUCAGCGUGCGCAAGGGCAAGACGCAGCUGCACAAGUGGGCCGAGCGGCAGGUCAUCCUGUGCGGCACCUGCCUCAUCGUGGCCUCCGUCAAGGACAGCCUCACCGGCAAGAUGCACAUCCUACCCCUGGUGGGGGGCAAGGUGGAGGAGGUGAAGAGGAGGCAGCACUGUCUGAUGUUCAGCUCCGCGGGGCCUCAGGCGCAGACCUACUUUGUCAACUUCGACACGCUGGCAGACUACCAGCGGUGGCAUCGCCAGGCGUCCAAGGUGGUGUCUCAGACCAUUAGCCUGGUGGACCUGUCGUGCUAUAGCCUGGAGGAGGUUCCGGAGUACCUGUUCUACAGCCAGGACAUCACCCACCUCAACCUGCGCCACAACUACAUGACCCUGGAGGGGCCCGGGGGGCUGCUCAACUUACCCAGGUUUUCUCAGCUGAAGAGUUUGAAUCUCUCCCACAACCGGCUGGGUGUGUUCCCUGAGUCGGUGUGUGAAAUCCUGACCCUGACCGAGCUCAACCUGUCCUGCAAUGGCCUUCAUACUGUUCCUGCCGGCAUCAGCAACCUGCAGAGCCUGCAAACCCUGUCCCUGGACGGCAACCACCUGAGCUCCUUACCGGAGGAGCUGGGCGGCCUGGCGCAGCUGAGCGGCCUGGGCCUGUCCUUCAACGACUUCCCCCAGGUGCCCGCCGUGCUGGAGCGGCUGGCGGCGGUGGACAAGCUGGCCAUGGCCGGCAACCGGGUGGAGACGCUGCUGCUCUGCGGCCUGGCCAAGAUGGCGCACAUCAAGAGCAUCGAUCUACGGCUGAACGGCCUGCGGUGUGUGAAGAGCGAGACCAUGGAGCCGGUGAAGCAGCUGACACACCUGGACGUGCGGGACAACCACCUGGCGGCGCUGGACCUCAGCUCGGCCUGCAGCCUGGAGAGCCUGCACUGCCAGCGCAACCAGAUGGGGGCGCUCACGCUCAGCGGCUUCGCGCUGCGCACCAUCCACGCCAGCCACAACCGCCUGACCACCGUCAACAUCUACCCCGUGCCCAACCAGCUGACGCACAUGGACCUAUCCUGGAACCUUCUGGAGUACCUGCCUGACUGGGUGUGUGACAGCAGGAAGAUUGAGCUGCUGGAUGUGUCCCACAAUCUCCUGUCUGAGCUGCCAGCCAGACUGCUCAGUAGCCUGAGUCUGCGUAAGCUGCUGGCUGGCAGCAACCGUCUUGCGAGCCUGCCUGACCUACUUGACCACGUCCCCCUGGAAGCCCUCGACCUGCAGCACAACAAGCUCGCAGAGCUCCCCGACAGCUUCUUCCUCAAGGCCUUAAACUUAAAGUACCUGAAUGUGUCAGCCAAUGCCCUGGAGACAAUCCCUCCCAGCAGCCAAUCAGAGGAGAGCCUGAGCACCCUGCAGGAGCUCUACCUGACUGGGAACAACCUGAACGAGAACUGCGGAGCCCUGCUGGUGGGCCACCAGAACCUGCGCGUCCUGCACAUCGCCUACAACCAGCUGCUCUCCUUCCCCGCCAGCAAGCUGAGUAAGCUGGAGAUGCUGGAGGAGCUGAACCUGAGCGGCAACAAGCUAAAGACCAUCCCCUCCACCGUCUCCUCCUGCAAGAGACUGCACACGCUCAUCGCCCACUCCAACCACAUCAGCGUCUUCCCAGAGGUCCUCAACCUGCCCGAGAUCAAGCUGGUGGACGUGAGCUGCAAUGAGCUGAUAGAAAUCCUGCUGCCGGAGUCGCUGCCGGCCACACUCCAGGAGCUGGACCUGACAGGCAACAGCAACCUCAUCCUAGAGCACAAAACACUCAACUUGUUCAGUCACAUCACCACGCUGAAGCUGGACCAGAAGCCCUCCAUGACCCCAGCAGGGGACACCACAGCCACCUCCACGCUGUGGGACCACGGCUAUGCAGAGAUGAGCGGACAGAGGAACAAGUUGUGCGUGUCAGUGUUGGCAGUGGACCGCUUUGGAGACAGUUCGGAGGCAGCUUACGGCAUCUUUGACGGCGACCGCAAUGAGGAGGUGCCCCGUCUCUUGCAAUGCACCAUGGGAGAUGUCCUCACCGAGGAGCUCCAGCAUUCCAGCAUAGACAGCGUCUACAUGGGCAACACUUUCCUCACCUCACACAGGAAGUUGGGGGUUGCUGGGCAGAAGCUGGGCGCCUCGGCACUGCUGUGCUACAUCCACCACGAGACCUCGGAGCCGGGCGGCUACUUCUUCCUCACCGUGGCCAAUGUGGGCACUUGCCAGGCGGUGCUGUGCCGCGACGGGCAGCCGCUGCCCCUCUCCAAGGUCUUCAGCCUGGAGCAGAGCAUGGAGGAGAUGGAGCGGGUCAAGAGUGCCAAAGCCAUCAUCACAGAGGACAUGAAGGUGAGUGGUGUGACGUGCUGCUCCCGCCUGCUGGGCUGCUCCUACCUGUCCCCUUGGGUACUACCCAAGCCCUGGGUACGCACCGAGCCCCUCUGCUCCCAGGACGACUUCCUAAUCCUGGGCAACCGGGCGCUCUUCCAGAAGGUGUCUUACGAGGAGGCUGUGAGGACGGUACAGGCGGUCCGAGACCCUCGCGCCGCUGCCAAGAAGCUCUGCACGCUGGCGCAGAGCUACGGUUGCCGGGACAACGUUGGGGCAGCUGUGGUGGCCCUCCACAUCAGCGAGGACAGCUGCACCUGCGAGCCACCAAUGACCACGACUGUUGCGCCGCCACCAGCCCCACCACCAGAGGGUAAAACCUCGGUGCCCACCCCAGUGCCAACUCCCGUCCCCAUCUCGGUGCCCCCGACAGGGGACGCUGCCACAUCUUUCUCCAGUAGCGGUAUUGCCUCAGAGUUCAGCAGUGAGACCUCGGCCUCAGAGGUUGGCAGCGAAGCUGGGUCCACGGCCUCUGACGAACACCCGUCCAACCCCGCCGCUCGCCCUGAGCGCCGCUGCAGCCUUCACCCGACCGCCAUCACCAACGCGGCCGCGAACACCGGAGGAGGCCCAGGGGGCCCUGGCGGAGGAGGGCCCGGUCCCGGAGGCAAUCACCCGGCCCUGUUCCAACGGCAACCAUCUUGCGCCGCGUUCUCCAGCAACCAUUCUGACAAUGGACUAGAUAGCGAUGAUGAAACGCCACUGGAGGGCGUGAUCUCCAACGGUAGCAAGCUGGAGGUGGAGGUCGAUAUCCACUGUUGCGCCUUCCAGAUCCGGUCUGGUGGGGCCCCGGACCACUCCCACGAGAAAGACUUCCGCAAAAAUUCGGAUUACCCUAAUGGGAAGGUUAGGCGCCAAAACAGUGUGGUGGUGUCCACCACCAACGGAUGCUUGUUGGCCGUUUGCGGCAGGGAGAUCUCCGACUUGAAGAAGUCCCCCUCGACCUCGAGCCUCUUUGGCAAGAAGCUCUCCAACGGCUCUGUCGUUGUACCACAGGACAGUCACAAUCUCAUCGAGGUUGCUUUAGAAGCUCCCAAGAAGAAGUCUGGUUAUUUCGCUGCUCCUGCCCAACAGGACCCAGAGGACCAGUUGGUGGUGCCCCCUAGUCUAGAGCAGGACGUUCGGGAACAGCUAAGGCUCCAGAGCCAGGUGGUUCCAGGGCCUCCGCCACCCUCUACCCCUCCUGCACCCAGGGAACCGGAGUGGGAUCACCCUCAGACCACAGUCCCUGGCAUCCCUGUCACUAACCUCCAACAAGAGGUCUAUGACACAGCUCUGUAAGGGUUGCCCUGGUGCUAAAGCAUCCCUCCGAGGUAGAGGCAUACUGUACCCAAGAGAAAGGACAAGGUUCUCUACGGUAGCUGUGGGAUAUUCCAGUUCCUGUGUCCAUUCAGCCCUGUCAUUGUGUGUGAAAGCUCCCCAAAGUUGUGGUAGCCCGAUAGAGUGUGACACCUGCCUGGAAUGCUUGAUGCUAGUCUGUGGAUGGGUGCCAAGCAAAGCGCAAUGGAUAAUCUGGUGGACUUGUCAGGCACGGAGUAUGGGGACCAAUGAUACGAGGUCCCUGAGAUAUAAGGUUCAUCCUCACAGCCUGAGCUGGAAUACCUCAUCUGUAGGACCGACCGUGUUGCUCUCAUAAUGCUAACUUAUGCUAGCUAGCCCUUUAUACUGUACCAAGGUGACGCUCAAGCCAGGCUUUGAUCUCUCGCCUUAUCAUUCUAGAACGCCUCCUUACAUGAAAGACUCCAAGGGCCAUCCUAUGACCAAAAGGUGACAAAAAAAGUGCCUAUUGCAAAUUACUUGGCUCUGAAGGGACUACAGUGGCCCUGUCAGUCAUGACAUCGGUCAGAAGAAUCCACUGGAUGACCUAUCGUAAUUUCUGUUCUCCUGCUUUUCUUCAUCAAUUUCUUCCUCUGUCACUCACCCUUUUUGCUCUGUCUCUUUCUCUGUCUGACAUUACUCAUUGUGUGAAAGGCCUUGAACUUGGAACAAACUCCUACAUUUGUCAGCUGCAGUUGACACCCAGUGGAAUAAGGCAGGUGUGACUUUCCGGAUGUGGAUUUCACGGGGGAAGAAACAAACACUUUAUAGUGGAUUAAAACAGCACCUGCAAGUAUGACACUCAUUUCAGCUCUAGUCUGUGGAAUCAGACCUCAUGUAAAGCCAUGGUGCUAGGCCAAUAUGCUAGGCCUUUCGCUUGGUUAUUUGCUUCAGACCUGUCUCCUGUCAUACAGAGGAAGAGCAUUCCACAUCACCUUAAAGCUGGACUUGGUGAACUGCGCAAGACGACUGACUCCUACAAAUUCCUGCAUUUGCCAAGGUAGGCCACAGUAAAAUGGGAAUGUGAGAGAACUGAUUACAUGAGUCACACUCCCAAAAUGUGAAAAAUACGUAAAUCAACAUAGUGGCAUAAUUGACGAUCCAGACAUCCAGUCGAGGCAUUGUGAUAGAACAAUUCAAAAUGACUCUCGCUGCUCGGAAGACUUUUCAACUGGAUUACUUGAAGUUUUAAGUGUGCCAGAGCAAAUGAGUAACGCCAACAACAACAACAACAACAAAAAACAAAAGGGUUUUAUGACUUUACUCCCUGUCAACUAAGUUUUAGUCUUGGUGUCAGACAAAAACAGUGCACUACUGUUCUGAUUACUAAACUGGGAUAUUUCCUCUUCUCUGUAAAUCAAAACGCUCUACAACACAAGCAUACAAUAAUGAAUUAGCCUUGUGUAUAAGAUGAGACGACAUUCUUACAUGGCAGUGUCUGAGAAGCAGUGACACAUGAUGUACUGUAUAAUGUAACGUCCUCUGUCUGUGCCUGUGCCUGGGUGUGUGUGGUUCCUCUACCAAGAUCAUCCAUGUCAGAAUAUUGCUACAAGCUUUUCCUUUGAAUUUACGUUUAGAUACCAACAGUGUGUCUUCUUGGCACUUCUCUCCUUUGUUAAGAAGGCCAGGUGAGGGGUAAAUUAGAGAGCAGAACUCAGUGACAGAGGUAGUGGAUAUGCUUCGGUGCAUAUUUUUUCGUUUUUGGGCUUCAUUUUCCUUGUGUGUUCUCAUACCGACAAAAGAGCAGAUUUCAGGCUUGGCUGCACCAUUGCUUUGACAAGGUGAAACACCUCAUUUUAGCUGUGGGUUGAGAGGACCUCUGGUGGUGCUACCAGGGAAGUGCGGUGUGUGCCAUUCUCUUUCCACUACGAUGAGUCUUCAUUGCUGCUGUUUGCUUAGCACCCAUUCACCUCACUUCCGUUCAGCCAUAACUGCAUUUUAUUCCCAAACCCAAAAUGGACCAUCUCACUUCAUCUUGUCCAAGUGUGGAAGAGUGAACAUUUUAUUUUGUAGGAAAGACAAAUCCUGUGCCAAGUGUAACAUUUCACCUCCAUUAGGAUAGAUGACGAGACUAAAAAUGUGGUUUAUCUGGAAUGAAAGCUAUUCGGUUAGCUGGACCGAUAUUGGGAAAAGGGAGAUGAAGAUGUUGCUAAGACUUAUGGAGAUCGACUUUGGUAUAGUUUUUAUGCAAUAGAGUUGCAUUAUAGAUAACUUAUAUUGACA